AUGGAGACCGCCGCCAGUAUAGUCGCCUUUGUCCAGGUAGGGACCGAAAUCGCAAAAUGUGUCAUCAAGACCAAGAAGCUAUGGGACCAAGCCCAGGAGCUCCCCGAAGAUAUCCAGGCCCUCAUAAUGCGCCUCCAGUGCUACCAGCCAAUCUUUGACGCCAUGCAACAACAGCUGCAACACGACGACUCCCUCUGCUCCGUGCAGAACGACUCGCUUGUUCAGACAAACCUGGACUGCUGCAAAAUGUCUCUCAAGAACCUCCAGAGCACAUCAGAUGAUCUUCUGUCCCAGCUGAACGCAAAAAAAGGUCUAAAACGGAAGCUGGCUGCCGUCAAGUUGGCACUCGGAAAGGAUAACCUGGAUCGGCUCAAGAACCGGCUAAGCGAGUCUAUCGAGUUGCUCAAGUUGGCUAUCAUGGCCUGGGAUAUGGCGGUUGCGAAGCGGACUCGCGAUCUCGUGUUCUCCAGGGUCACGACUGAGGCAUACAUUCAAUGGCCAAGCUGGCUUUCACAAUCCGUCUGCGAGAUUCAAUCUUCCCCAACACUCGGUGGCUGGACAUACAACUACAGAAUGUACAACAUCAUUUCCUCAAAAUCUGAAAUCAUCAAAAGGAUCAAGGUUGGGGAUAAAGACGGGGUUCUGGAGCUUUUCAACUCACGAAAGGCAUCACCGUUUGACAAGGAUGAUGAGGGCAAUUCGCUACUAUACUACGCCGCCGAUAACAAGCGUUUCGAUCUUUGCCAGCUAUUCCUUAGCCUGGGGCUCCAGAACGCUUUGCUGGACAGAGUCGGUGAAUUGAAGGAGAGCCCCUUAACACCCCUAGUUUUUAACCCGGAUAGACACAACCCGGAGGUGGACUGGGUGAAGAUCACCGACCUAUUCUAUUCUUACCUGGACGAACCAGAAACCAAUAUGAUAUUGCGACUCUUUGACUGUGGACGAGAAUGGGCAUACGGGGACGAAUUUGCCAUGGUCUUUCGGCAAAGAUUCCUACCUAAGUUUUAUACCGGUCCCUUGAGGCACCGUCUAGAGGCUUUUCGGCUGGGCUCUUUUCACAUGGACUCAGCCGGUAGCCUCAACAGGCUCCUAGCCCAAGACAGACAGAUCACAGGGUUUGAUGUGAACCAAUCGAGCCACGAGAAGCUCUCGCUGGUCCACUCAGCUGCCGUGGCAAUGAGCAUUAGGUUUGCGGAUGAGGCCAUCCCGCAGCGCAGAGGGGCGGCUCAGUGGCCUAUUUACAGCGACGGUUGGAGCUCCCUGGUGAGGGAAGUGGCCUCAGUGGCUUCGGCAGAUGAUCUACACGUCGUUGAAACGGUGCGGCCGUGGGAUGUCUAUCAUGUUCCCGUCUGGAAGGGCACACCGCUUAUAUCGGUGCUUGGAGGGGCGCUCUGCUACAUCUCGCCUGACAUAUCAUUCUUCUACUGGGACUCUGUGUUCCAGCAAGCGAUCCAGGAGUGGGCUCUGAAUCUACAAGAAAGCGGUGUGGACCUGGUCAAGUAUGGAGAGCGGGAAGUGCAAGUGGUGAGAGAGCAGUUGCGUGGUGCACUUGAUGCGGAAGCCAUCGAGUCGUCAAGGAACAGCAUCAGAGAUGUCUUGCCAAUGUCUUGCAAGACCACCAGAGUACGGCUGCGUGACGGGUUAUGGAACCAGAACCACUGGGUUCCGAUCCGACUGUUGGAGAUUGAGACAGGACCAACACCUAGUGAUUGGCGCGUAAUAUGGGCGCCCGAGUUUGAGUGGAUGGCAUGCCAGUUCUGGGAGUUGGUGGAGAAGGAAGAUAUCGUGAUGCCCGGGUCUUGGGUUGACGUCUAG